CUAAAAUUAACUCGGAAUUUCUCCUUUCCUAUAUAAACCCCGCCUAAAGCGCCAGCUCGAAAAACUAAAACCCUAUAUCAUUUCCUAAUUAUCUCUCCUCUGCGACUAGGGUUUUUGCGCAACUUUCUCUCUCUGGUUAAGAAGUUAUCAUGGGUAAGGAAAAGAUUCACAUCAGUUUGGUGGUCAUUGGCCACGUCGACUCUGGAAAGUCUACCACCACUGGUCACUUGAUCUACAAGCUUGGAGGUAUUGACAAGCGUGUGAUCGAGAGAUUUGAGAAGGAAGCUGCUGAGAUGAACAAGAGGUCCUUCAAGUAUGCAUGGGUUCUUGACAAACUAAAGGCUGAGCGUGAACGUGGUAUUACCAUUGAUAUUGCCUUGUGGAAGUUUGAGACCAACAAGUACUACUGCACUGUGAUCGAUGCCCCAGGACACAGAGACUUUAUCAAGAACAUGAUUACUGGUACCUCCCAGGCUGAUUGUGCUAUCCUCAUCAUUGACUCCACCACUGGAGGUUUUGAGGCUGGUAUCUCCAAGGAUGGUCAGACCCGUGAGCAUGCGCUUCUUGCCUUCACCCUUGGUGUCAAGCAAAUGAUUUGUUGUUGUAACAAGAUGGAUGCCACCACUCCAAAGUACUCAAAGGGUAGGUACGACGAAAUUGUUAAGGAAGUCUCCUCCUACCUCAAGAAGGUUGGUUACAACCCUGACAAAAUCGCUUUUGUUCCCAUUUCUGGGUUUGAGGGUGACAACAUGAUUGAGAGGUCAACCAACCUUGACUGGUACAAGGGACCAACUCUUCUUGAGGCUCUUGACUUGAUCAACGAGCCAAAGAGACCCACAGACAAGCCCCUCCGUCUUCCUCUCCAGGAUGUCUACAAGAUUGGAGGUAUUGGAACCGUGCCUGUCGGACGUAUUGAGACUGGUGUGUUGAAGCCCGGUAUGCUUGUUACCUUCGGUCCUACCGGAUUAACCACUGAAGUUAAGUCAGUUGAGAUGCACCACGAGUCUCUACCAGAGGCUCUCCCUGGUGACAAUGUUGGGUUCAAUGUUAAGAAUGUUGCUGUGAAGGAUAUCAAGCGUGGAUACGUGGCUUCUGAUUCCAAGAAUGACCCUGCUAAGGAGGCAGCUAACUUCACUGCUCAGGUCAUCAUCAUGAACCACCCUGGACAGAUUGGAAAUGGUUAUGCACCAGUGCUGGACUGUCACACCUCUCACAUUGCUGUUAAGUUUGCUGAGCUGGUGACGAAGAUUGACAGGCGUUCUGGUAAGGAACUCGAGAAGGAGCCCAAGUUCUUGAAGAACGGUGAUGCUGGUUUCGUGAAGAUGAUUCCCACCAAGCCUAUGGUGGUGGAGACUUUUGCAGCGUACCCACCCCUUGGUCGGUUUGCUGUGAGGGACAUGAGGCAGACAGUUGCUGUUGGUGUCAUCAAGAGUGUUGAGAAGAAGGACCCAACUGGUGCCAAGGUCACCAAGGCUGCUCUGAAGAAGAAAUGAACUGUUUCUGCGUCAAUAAAAGCAUUUGAAAAAUAUAGUUAUGAGUACUAUAAAGACUUGUUUACUAUUAGUAGUGUCUUAGUUUCAUUGUUAAGUGUUUGUUUUGCGGGUUGUAUACUGAUGCCAUCAGCCAGAUCAGGUACCUAUUCUCAGAAUUGGGUUCUUGAUCGACGGUGGCGUGUUUAUGAUCUGCAGUUUCCUUUGUCUUCUGCUGUGCCUUAUAGCUUGUGGUGAACAUUUUUGUUGGUUGAGACGGAAGUUUAGUGAAUGUGCAGAGAUUAUUGCGUUCUAA